UUUAAAAGAUACCGCAGGAGACCUUUUCUUUCUCUUUAUCUUUCUGUCUUCCAAGACUCCAGGAAAAACAGCUUCCAUGGCACAUUUUGUGCAGGGCACAACUAGAAUGAGUGCUGCAGAAGGUUCUACGGAGCAUGCAGAGUGUGAUCAAUCAUCAAGCAGAAAUAACUUGACAAAUUCUCUUGAACAAAAGAUAAGGUGCUUGGAAAAACAGAGAAAAGAGCUCCUGGAAGUUAACCAGCAAUGGGAUCAGCAAUUUAGAAGUAUGAAAGAGUUAUAUGAAAGAAAGGUCGCCGAGCUGAAAACGAAACUGGACGCCGCAGAAAGAGUCCUCAGCACGCAGGAGAAGGAGCGCCAGCAGAGUCAGAGCGCGAGCGAGCGGCUGCGCGACCGGACCCGCGAGCGGCUGCAGCGCCAGGAGAAGGAAAAGGAGAGCCUAAAUGAAGAAUUACAUGAAUUGAAGAAAGAAAAUAAGUAUUUGAAGGAAAAAAAUGCUCUUGUGAACAAAAAGAAGGAACAUUAUGAAUGUGAAAUAAAACGCCUCAAUAAGGCUCUUCAAGAUGCCUUGAAAAUCGAGUGUUCUUCAUUUCCUGAGGACUGUUUGGGAGAGUCUGAAAUGGAGUGCAGGCAUGUGGAGAUGCGAACAGAAAUGGAAGUUCUCAAACAGCAGGUGCAAAUAUAUGAAGAAGACUUCAAAAAGGAGCGAUCAGACCGAGAAAGACUUAAUCAAGAGAAAGAAGAGCUACAGCAAAUUAAUCAAACUUCUCAAUCCCAGUUGAACAGGCUGAAUUCUCAGAUAAAAGCUUGUCAGCUGGAGAAAGAAAAACUCGAAAAGCAAUUAAAACAGAUGUUCCCGAUGUGUAACUGUGGCUCGAAUUCCCACCUGCGGAAUCUACAUGCACCAGCAGGCCCCGGGGCUGCACAGGAUCAACAGAAGCUCCCACCAGACUAUCAGUGGUAUGCUCCUGACCAGUUUCCUCCAGAUGUGCAGCACAAGGCGAAUGCUCACUGUGGCUUGUCUGGGAAGAGGGCUGAUCAUGGCCAGGGGACUGGAGAAAGAAAUUCCUUAUUCAGACAUCUACGUGUUUUUGAUUUCUAUUUCUGCUCUUCUAGCUUCCAAAGCUGAUGCUAUCUCAAGGUUCAAGCCAGUUCAUAAAAAUUGGCAAAAGCUCUUAGAUCACCCUCAUCAAAAAAAAUCUCUCAUGUGCCAUUAUUUAAUUUCAGUGGUGAUUCUUCUUAUUUUUUAUGUCAUUUAAUUGGAAAGAUCUUUUUGAUUUGUAGGUCCAAUGCAGUUGCUCAGAAUUCUUAAAAGUAACUUUGUGGUAUUGUUAAAUAGGAGUUUAGAAAUCUUUUUAUUAUACAGACAUUUUUGUUAUGAUAUUACUCACUGACUUAUUAUUUGGCUAAUAUGUUUAUCUUUCACUAUUCAGGAAUAUACUGCUAGUCAGCAUACCCUGUGUUUUGGGCUAUAAAUACCCAAACUCAAACAAUGGAAGAAAAAAUGAGUGGAAAAAUUAGGCUCAGUGUUUGUUAAAUUAUAAACAGGAAGUAUUUUUAAAACUCAUAAAUUUUACUCAUAUAAUAAGUACUGAGGUAUUAUACUUGUAUUUUAGUGAAAAUGACCUUUUCAGAAAUAUAGAUAAUUAAAUGAAUAUUAAUCUGUAUGUGUGCUUUAUACAUUGUCCUAAUUCUCAGUUUUUAUUACUUUCCUAUGACUCCCGACAAAUUUUACUUUUCUGAUCCCAAUAUAUAUAGCACUUUAUGGUUUGAUCCUAGUAUCCAUCUUUAUAAUUCCUCUCAUGGUAAUCUAACCUGAAAUAGUGGCUCUGACAUCUACACGUGAAGUGUUUGCAGGGCAGUAGCCUUGUGAUUUUUAAAAUGUACACUGGGUAAUGAGUGGUUAAAUUGCUAUGAUCACUAGAUCCUCCUUUAACAUUCCCUGAGGCAAGAAUACAUGGAGAGCUCUGUACUUCAGGUUCAAUAUUUAAACAUCAUGAAUCAAGCAUAGAAGCUAUUAUAGUCUAUCCUCCUAUUGAUAAAUAUAGCUGGAAGGGCAGAGUGACAUUUAAAAUGCCCACAUUCCAAACAGUUCUGUUCCAGGACACAAUGGCACAGGAAGACCUGAGCCGUGGCUCAUCCCCUUCUCUUCCCACCUUUCUCCUGGGAGGGAUCUUGAGUGUGAAUUUGAGUACAGCCCAGUUGGCACAUCCCAACUUCAUCCAUGUACCCCUCAUUACGCUACAAACAGCACCCCUUGGCUUUAGGCCUGGGAAAGAGGACCACAUGAGGCCUAGAAGCAGAAACAGGGUCACUUGGGCAGGAAUUUUGGGGUCUGUACGUGGGUACCAAGAGCUUGUUCUAGAAUGAGGCAGACUCACAGUGGGGAGGAAGGUGGUUGGAGGAAGGCCAGAGCAGGGUCCUCUAAAAGUGGGGACCUAAUGAAGGGCUUCCUGACCAAAGACUAAAGUCAAUAGGUACUGAGUACUAUUGAACACUCUUUGGGUCAACUAAUUUCCAGUUUUGCUCUGUUACUGUCUCUGGUUAUUUUAGAAUGCUUUGCGGACAUGUUGGAAAUAGACUCUUCUUUCAAAAAUUAAAGAUUUAAAUAAAGGUUUUCAAGACAUUUAAGACUUACUUGGCUUUCUCUCUGCACAGCACUAAAUAAUCACAUUUUUAUAUAUCGAAGUCCACAGAUGUUAAGGGGUUACAGUUUCUGUUUAGAAACGUGAUUUUAUGAAGAACAUUUUAAUCUUGUUUCAUCUGUUAUCAGAAUAGGAUGCAAAAUGACUUCCAUGUUUCUAGAACAAUUAUGGCAUAGUUGAGUUAGUAUAACCUUGAAAACAUGUUGUUUUGUUUCUUCCUUUGUGAAAUGUCAAAAGGCUAUGUUUUCUACCUACAUUGCAUGCCAGUCUCUUCUGUACCUUCCAAAUUUUUCAUAUGGUGCAGAGUUGAACUUCGUCUAAUGAGCUAGAGCUCAAUUCUUACACAUUUGGAAGGACAUGAAAUGUAGGCAUGUGAGAUUGUGUUGUGAGCAAACAUAAUUAUUUCUUUACGAUAUAGAAGAUCAAAGCCUAACUAUUAUAAUUGGCCUUUACUAAUGUCUAGUAAUAACUAAUUAACCGAAUACUGACUGAAUUCAUUUCCUAGGGCUACUGUAACAAAGCACCAAAAACUAGAUGGUUUAAAACAGCAGAAAUUUAUCCUCUCACACUCUGGAGGCUAGAAUUCUGAAAUCCAGGUGUUGGCAGGUCAUGCUCCCUCCAGAGCCUCUAGAGAAGUCUCCUUCCUUGCCUCUUCCUGCUUCUAGUAGCCCCAGAUAUUCCUUGGCUUGUGGCAGCAUAACUCCAAUCUCUGCCUCACUCUUCACUUGGCCAUCUUCUCUCGUCUGUGUCUGUGUCCAAAUAUUCAUCUUCUUAUAAGGACUCCAGUCAUAUUGGAUGAGGCUAAUCUAGUAUAAUCUCAUAUUAACCCGAUUAUAUGGGCAAAGUCCAAUUUCCAAAUAAGGUCACAUCCACAGGUACCAGGGGUUAAGACAUACACAUAUCUUUUGGGGGGGACACAAUUCAACCCAUAACACUAACCCUGUGCCAGAAACUAUUUUAGGCACUGUAUAUAUUUAUAUAUUAUCUCAUCAAAACCUUUUAUAGCAACUCUAUGAAGUGAGUACUAUUGUUGUUCCUGUUUUAAAAUUGUGGAAGCCAAGGAACAAAGAGAUCAUGUCACUUGUCCAAGUCCACAUAGCUGGUUAUUGGCUAGGACAUAGACAAGCUGGGCAGUCUACCUCCAAAGCCCACACUGUAACCACCAAGCAAUAUGGACAAGCCCAGGCUACAUAUUAAAAUAUAAUAGUGUCGGGGCGCCUGGGUGGCUCAGUCGUUAAGCGUCUGCCUUCGGCUCAGGUCAUGAUCCCAGGGUCCUGGGAUCGAGCCCCGCAUCGGGCUCCCCGCUCUGCGGGAAGCCUGCUUCUCCCUCUCCCACUGCCCCUGCUUGUGUUCCCUCUCUUGCUGUGUCUCUCUCUGUCAAAUAAAUAAAUAAAAUCUUUAAAAAUAUAUAUAUAAUAGUGUCAUCAUUUGGAUGUAUUUUAUUUAAAUAAAUUCUAAUGGCCCUCUCCUGAAAGCCAGAAUCUUUAUUUCUCAGUUUGCAUCUUUUUAUAAUUGUCUUUAUAACUGAACAUUACAGAUCAUUUUAGUUUGGUAAAAUGGCUGGCUUAGUUGGAUUUUUUUCAGUAGUAUGAAGAGAUGUAGGAGUCAGUAUAAAUAGUAGAAGUUACUUAAGAGAUGUAAGAAACAGAAGAAACUUAGAGACUAUACUUGUGUGAUUUUCAAUACAGAUGGAUAAAAUAUUAAGAAUAUUUUUCUUUUAUAAAAUACAUUACUUAUCUCACCAGCAGUUAAUAAAAAUAUUAAUCAAAAUUUAGAGACAGAUAGUUUUAUGUCUAUUUCUGGAUUUAUAGAGAAGAAUUGCAGGAGAAAUGCAUCCUCACCUUAUAAUGCUGUAAAGGUCGGCUUAUUGGUAAACUAAGUGAUUUUGCUAAGGGAAUAUUAAAUAAAGUGUAAAUGUAUAUUUAUAUGUCCAGGACCAUAUGAAAAUAUAGGUGGUAAAUAUAUUCCUAUGCAGACAUCAAUUUAUAAGCAAAGACUAAACAUUCUGAUUAACAUUCUACAUAGAUAGAUAUAGGUAGGUAGGUGGAUAGAUAGAGCCUAGAUGAGAAAAAUGCACACAAUAAGGCUAGACUAGUCACAAUUCCAUUAGGUGAAUAAAAUUGCACUAUUUCUCUUAAAUGGAAAAUAAAAAUCUGUUGGGAAAUGAGGUUUCUAUUGGAUAUUGCAUCCCAACUGGGAAGAAUGUUUACUUACGUACGUUUCUGUACUGUUGAUGCGUGAGCAUACCCGUUCUGAGGUGAGUGGGCAUGUGGAGCGGAGAGUCCCCUUCGAACCUGUCUGCUGCACUGGUGCACCCUCCGCUCAUAGAGGACUCUAGCUUCGGCCGAUCCCUGAUGUAGAGGCAGACAUGGACUCUGCCACCAAGAUCUCUGGGUCCUAUUCGGAUCACUUCAGCGUCACAGUACUUAACGUGCACUCUUGUGAACAUAAAGGGAUAGAGUGUAACGCAUACCAUUAAUAAAUAAUAAGGCACACAAUUAGUGAGUGGAAUUCUUUACCAACCAAUAAGGCAAAGCAGAUUGUGUCUAGCACUGUGAGAACCCACGAUUCCCUGGUGGCGUUUCUCUUGCCCUGCCAUUCAAACCAUGGAGACAAGUCUGAUGACAGACGUCUCUUCCCACACUCACUGCUUGGGGACGCCCCGCCUUCCCUUCAAGAAACUGAAGACCUGUUUUUUUCUUUUGUUCACAUUUCCAUUCUGCCAUGGAUCCUCUCGUGGGUCACACCCUCUCUCCGUCUAAAACAUGGGGAUAAUGACCCUCACCUCUAUACCUAUUUCACAAGAGUGCUAUAAAAACUACAAAGGAAUUAAUUUUUCUUAAAGUUUUAAGAUAUCUAGGGGUAGGUAUCAUAAAUGGAUUAAAUCUAAAGUCCAGUGGAUUAUGGUUCUGGGUCCAAAUUUAUGCUCUUACCAUAUUAGGUAUCUUUUUAGUGUAAUGGCCACCAUUCUUAGAAGAGUAUUUUUUUUAAGCCUGGAAGGAAACUGUUAGUUUAAAUGUUUGUUUAUUCGAAAUACCAAAUUCAGGGCGGCAAGAAUAAAACAUUUAACAUAUUCUCAAUUGUUAUCAUGAAUGGGAAAAUACCUUAUUUCUUGAAAUUUAUAUGUAUUUUUUCAGUCACCAUGAGUAGCUCUCUUCAAUUGUGUCUUCCCUGUAGUGCUCAUCUGUGGUAUUCUAUCUUAGUCCUACUGAAAUAUACCAUGUCUUUCACAUUGGCCUUCAUGGUACAUGAACACAUCUUAAGCACUGCGAUCUUUUCUAUCACUUUGAUGAUAAUGUACCCUUCACCAUACUUAAAGUAGUUUAUGUGGCAGUUAUCUUCCCAUGGGCUAAGUACCAAACCUAAUAGUAACAUAUAUGACUUACUUUCCUAAGCAAAUGCCUGAGCCACCAAAAUGCCAGCAAAGAUGAGAAGUAGUACAGAAUAUUCCUCUUCAGGCAUGAGUAGAACUAGGCCACAGCUGAUUUCACAAAGUGGUAAGCAUAUGUCAAUGCUUAAAAUAAUAACCCUCCAUUUCCCGCCUCUUGAUUUUUCAGUGUAAACUUGUGGAAGCUCAUGAUUAAAAUAUUUCUUUUUUUUUUUUUGCCAGCCUCAAAGUUUAUAUUAGCCCCGAGCCAGAAGAAAUGAAUUUUUAAUUUUUAAUCUGAAACAUUUUCCUUC